AUGACUGUAUCAAUCGUCUCGUCACCGUACGCGGCCGCCUUGGGUGUCUGCUUGUUUGCGUAUUUUGUCAUAUACCCUGUUGUUGUUUACUUUCGCGACAGAAAUGGACUUCGUCGAUAUCCGAAUAUGCACCCGCUGUCGGGCAUAUCCGCGAUCCCGUUCAUGGUACUUGCGCACGGUGGCGCGCGAUCAACGUAUCUUGCGAAACUACACCAGAAGUACCCAGUGAUUCGAACCGGCCCGAAUUCCCUCUCUUAUGGUGACCUUCGGGCCAUCAAGGACAUCUACGGCCACAACACACCCUGCACAAAGGACGGAUCCUACGUCAUCACUUCUGGCUCCCACUACCAUCUGGCCGAUGUCAUCGAUAAGCACGACCACGCCCGCAAGAGGAAGCUCUUAAGUUCCGCCUAUGCCAUCAAGAACCUCGAGGGUUGGGAGCACAAAGUAGCCGACAAGACCGUAAAGCUGAUGGCACACCUCGAUCAAUGCUGCACGGCGCCAUUGGCUCCAGGCGAAACCCCGAAGCCGGAAGACCUGAAUGUGGAUUACCGAAAGUGGACCAACUUUUUCACCCUCGAUGCCAUCGCAGACAUCGGUCUCUCCGAGAAGCUGGGUUUCCUUGACCGCGGUCACGAUCGUGUUGUCGGACGCAAGACUAACGGAACGACUUAUGAAUGCGACUUCCGAGAUAGCUUGUACCAGAACGCUCGCAAGCAGUCUCUCCUCAUCUGGCCGUACGAGUGGUAUCCCUUCAUCAACAAGAUCUCGAACGUCAUUCCCUUCUAUGGCCGCAUGGGGAAAUUCGCGCAGGACUGGGAGGGUAUUCCGGUCGAGCUGGCGCAUCGGCGUCUGCGGAGGUAUCGUGCGGGCGAAAAGCUUGAUGACUUUUUCCAAGCGCUCAUGGAGGAUAAGAACGGGCAUCCGAACAAUCUUGAAUGGGGCGAGAUUGUUGCCGAAGUCAGUAUCAUGAUGAAUGCUGGCUCCGCGACGACUGCUAUCGCCAUGACAAACGUCCUCUUCCAACUCAUCAAGAACCCACCCAUCAUGAAGACGCUUGUUGAGGAGAUCGAUGCAGCGCUCGAGGACGACGACGAAGAUGAUGAGAGUGGCGUCAUCGCGUAUGACAAGGUGAAACACCUCCCUUAUCUGCGCGCCUGCCUUGAUGAAUCACUCCGUCUCUUCCCACCUACACCACAGGGCCUGCCCCGAGAGACGCCCCCUGAUGGAAUCAAUGUUCUCGGCGACUACAUUCCCGGCGGCGUUUCAUUAUCCAUAUCCGCCUUUGUCGCGCAUCGCAACGAAUCAAUCUUCCCGCAAGCCGACAAGUACAUUCCGGAACGAUGGCUCGGUGAAGAAGGCAAAACGCUUCAGCCCUAUUUCCUUGCGUUCUCCGCGGGAGCGCGAGGCUGCAUCGGGCGCAACAUUUCGUACUUAGAGCAGACGGUGGUGCUAGCCAGCGUGCUGAGGAGAUACGGAUUCGCGUUAAGCAAUCCAGAUUGGCAGAUUGAGAGACUGGAGACGAUGAACUGGAUUCUCGGAGAGAUGCCGGUCAAGGUGUGGAGAAGAGAGCGAAAAGGCGUGCUAAGCGGUUGA